UCCGCCGGGCGCAGUCGGCACUUAUUUUCCCUCCAAAGAAGUCUUUUUUGCUUAUCUUUUGGCGCCAACAAGUGACCGGUUCUCAUUCUUGAGAAGUGCAAUGGAUGAUGACAUAUACUCUAUGGUGAGAUCUCCACAUUUAGCUGCAAUUCACGUUGUUUGUGUAGCGGCGGCUCUCAUUGCACAUCGUAGGUUUCGCAAUAGGAACCAGGUAUCUGGUCGAGCGGAUAUGUUGUAUCGACACAAAGUACGGGGAAAGUUGUUGCAUAACCUCUCAACAAGUGGAAAAUGUCGUAAACGAAAAGAGGAAAGGUUGAAAAAAGAUAAUGCAUGCACAUCUAUCAUUAGGAGUGCCACUAAUAAUGUUGCUAAUGCGCUAGAUAGAAAUACUAAGGCAAUGGAAAGUACCCAUCCACAUGUCUACUCAGAGGUGGAAAUUUUCAAAGAACUCGAGUAAAUGUGUCUUGGACCUGAUGACAUAGCAAAUGCAUAUUUAUUUCUUGUGGAGCAUCCAGAAAAAGCACGCGCAUUCUUUGGUUGUCCUCCCCCAAUGCGUAUGACUAUCCUUGAAAAAAUGAUGCAUACACGUGAAUGAAGAACCUUUAUUACGUUUUGAGUAUGUCUUUCUGUUUGUUGCUCUUUUGUGUGCUUUAAAAUAGUAGAUAUUUUGUUGUGGCUUUCUUGGGUGCAUCAAGUGGAUGGUUUAGAGUUUAGACGGAUCAGUGGAUUUUUUUUGAUGGUCAUUUCGUGCUAAUCUUCUGGUUUUAGUUUAAUGUUUUAGAUUAACGAUGCUAUCAGUUGUUAUUUUGAAUGUGAACAGUCUUUUUUUGGCUCAA